AUGAUACCCCGGUGGUUGCUGUUUGUGGUCGGUCUGUUGCUGGCAUGGUCCGCACAACCGGCCACUGCCAAGGGCGAUAAACCCAAAGUCUCCUCCGAAUCUCUCGAUUUCGCGCCAUAUGACCUGUUUUACUUCCAGGGCUCCGAGACCGUGCUUUACCGUGACCCCGAAAAGCAUACCGCCCAUGUCUCCUUCGAUGGAGGCUCCAAAUGGGAAACUGUCAAGGGACCCGAUGGCAAGAUGGAGGGUGCCGCAGCCCUCAUCUGGCCGCAUAUGCAUGAUUCCAAUCGUGCGUAUAUUCUGGGUGCCAAGGGCCAGCAUUGGGUGACUACAGAUCAGGCGAAGACAUGGAAAGAAUUCGAGAUCCAUGCACGCCUAGGCAUUGACAUAGGAAUGUUGCCAUUCGCAUUCAACGGGUGGGAUCCUAAAAAGGUUAUUUUCAUGGGGACAGACUGUUCGGGGCUGUUGGGAUGUAUACCCAAGGCCUGGUAUACGACGGAUGAUUUUAAGACCGUGCACAAGUUGCAGGAAUACUUCUAUUCAUGCAUGUGGGCCGCAGGGACUCCCGAGUUUGGUCAGGGCCUGGAUUUGCCGGCGAAAAUGGGUGAUCGGAUUCUGUGUGUUGUGCCCGGGUCAAAGCCCGGGAUGCACUCAGAACGGUUGAUUGCUUCGGAUGACUACUUUAAAGAUGGCGUGGAUGGAGUCGAGGUCAAUCUUGAUCGCGGACGACCUGUGACCGGACUCCAGAUCAUUGCGCGCUCCGUCAAGAAGUACAUUGUGGUGGGUCUGCAGUCGCAGGGUACGACCGAGCAGGCACUGUACAUCAGUGACGAUUCCAAUGAGUGGCAUCGCGCGGAAUUCCGCGGUCAUCGGAUCGAGCAGGAUGCCUACACCGUGCUGGAGAGCACCAACUACAGCAUUCAAAUCGAUGUGCAGACGACGCAGCAUAAGAAUAGCGUCGGUGUCCUCUUCUCCUCCAAUUCCAAUGGGACCUAUUUCACCCCCAACAUUGAACAUACCAAUCGCGUCGAGGGGUUUGUCGACUUCGACAAAGUCGCCGAUAUUCAGGGCAUUGUUAUUGUGAACACGGUGAAGAACUGGGAGGAAGUGGAAAAAUCCGAAAAGGCCGAUAAAAAGCUCGUCAGCGGGAUCAGUUUCGAUGAUGGUCGGACAUUCCAGCCCAUGAAAGCCGACGGUGACAAGCUCCACCUACAUUCGAUGACUUCCUAUGAUAAGAUGCAUAAACUUCCCGUGGGCCACAUGUUCUCCAGCCCUGCACCUGGGAUCGUCAUGGGCGUGGGUAAUACGGGUGAUCAUCUCAAAAAGUACUCCGAUGGCGAUCUCUACGUUUCUGACGACGCUGGUCUGACCUGGCGUCGUGCUCUGAAGGGCCCUCACCUUUUCAAAUUCGGCGAUCAGGGUGGUGUCAUCGUGGCGGUCAGCGACGAUGGCAAGACCGACAAAGUCAAGUAUUCGUUGAAUCACGGUAAAGACUGGGAAGAUGACAUUGAACUGGAGCAUAAGAUCAAGCCCAUGUACGUCAUGACUACUCCUGAUGCGACCAGUCUUAAAUUCUUGGUUGUUGGUGAAUCCAGUGACAAGAAGAAAUUCAUGGUUUACAACAUCGACUUCGACGGUUUGCACGAGCGCAAAUGCGGCAAGGACGACCUGGAGCCCUGGUGGGCAUUGCUUGACGAAGACCGCAAACCGAAAUGUCUGAUGGGUCAUAAGCAAAAGUUUAUGCGUCGCAAGGCGGAUGCCGAAUGCUUCAUCAAAGAAGACAAGCUGGAGGCGCCCAUUUUCGAACCGUGUGACUGCACCAAGGACGAUUUCGAAUGCGACUACAACUUUAAGCGCAACGACAAGAAUGAAUGCGUGCCAGCCGUACCUUUGACUCCUCCUUCGGGCGAGUGCAAGGAAAAGAGUGACAAGUUCAAGGGCCCCUCAGGCUGGCGACUCAUUCCAGGAAAUACUUGCAAUCGUGUCGAGGGUCACAACUAUGAUGAGAAGAUCGAGCGGUCUUGUGAAGACACGGUCGGCGCCCCUAGCGGUGGUGGCGGCAGCGGCGGUGGAAGCGCCGGUGACGGCAAGGUCCACGCUGGCAAGGCGCAUGAAUUCGCCGGGGCUGACCUUGACUACUUCUACUUGGAGCGUCAAACGAGUAACUCUGGCGCCGAUGAGACCAUCUUUCUCCUUUCUGGCAAGAACGAGGUAUUUGUUACCCAUGACCACGCCAAGACCUGGGACCAACCGAAAGAUCUCAAGGGCGUGGAAAUUGUGGGUAUCGUUCAACACCCCUACUACACCGACGGUGCAUACUUCUUGACUGCUGGGGAUACCGGCUACUCUACCAUCAACCGCGGCGAAACGUUCAAUAAGUUCAAACUGCCCACCUCAGUGGCGAAUCGGGACAAGAAUGGGCCCAAUCCUCUAGCCUUCCAUGAGAAGUACAUGGACUGGAUGAUUUGGAUGGGCAAUGAUGACUGCAAGGGUGGUGACUGUGUUCCCAACGCAUAUUUCACCAAGAACCGAGGCGCAGACUGGGAAGGACCUGAUCUUCGAGGUGUGGGCAGUUGUGUCUUCGCAUACAACAGCAAUCGCGAGAACAGCGAGAAUCUCAUUUUGUGCGAACAGUAUGAAAAGGAGAGCAAGAAAAACAACCGCCAGCUCGUCUCGAGCGAUUCUAAGGUUGACCGUUUCAGUGAUCGCAAAGUGAUCAACAACAACAUCGCUCACUUUGUGACCAUGAACGAUUACAUCGUCGUGGCUACGUUCCCCACUGAGAAUCACAAGUAUCUUAAUGUCAGUACGAGUUUGGACGGUCGUGUCUUUGCGCAGGCCAACUUUCCGGUGAACGUCGAUGUUCAGCAAUACACCGUGCUUCCGGGCUCGACGAAUGCACUUUUCCUCUUUGUCCAGCUCAAUUCGGAAAAGGGCCGUGGCUACGGUCAGUUGGUCAAGAGCAACAGCAACGGCACAUAUUUUGUCUCAAGUUUGUCGGCCGUGAACGUGGAUGAUCGUGGAUACGUGGACUUUGAGAAGAUUGCCAACCUUGAAGGUGUUUCUCUGGCCAACGUAGUUGCCAAUUACGACGAGCUGCAGAAGAAGGAGGCGAAGAAGAAGCUUCGCUCGGUGAUCACCCACAAUGACGGUGGUCAGUGGGCUUUCCUUGCUCCUCCCACCAAGGACGCCGAGGGCAAGAAGUUCAGCUGCUCAGUGACCGAGGGCAAGGGCACCGAGUCUUGUGCGCUUCAUUUGCACAGCUACACUGAACGUCGCGACUGGCGCGAUACAUUCUACUCGGGUUCAGCUAUCGGCAUCCUCGUCGGUGUGGGCAAUGUCGGUCCACACUUGGAUAGCAUCGACAGUGACGAUGUGGGCACUUUCCUCAGUAACGACGGCGGUAUCUCCUGGAACCAAGUCAAGAAGGGUCGGUAUAUGUUUGAGUUUGGUGAUGCUGGAUCCGUCAUUGUCCUCGUGCGCGAGGCAGAGCCCACCAAGACUGUUUUCUACAGUCUCGAUGAAGGCAAGACCUGGACUGAAUUCCAAUUUGCCGAUACCGAGGUGCUCGUCUUGGACAUCUCCACCGUCCCCUCGGACACAUCGAAGAGUUUUGUCCUGUGGGUUCGUGAGCCCAAGUCCUCGAACCGCUUCGCUACGAUCCCGGUUGACUUCAGUGCGAUUUGGGAUCGCGAGUGUACGCCGCCCGAUGGGAAGGAUGCUACGGAUGACUUCUAUCUCUGGACACCCAAGCAUCCCUCGCAGGAUGACAACUGCGUCUUCGGUCAUGUGGAGCAGUAUCAUCGGAAGCGGCCUGGAAAAGAGUGUUGGGUGAAUUGGCGCGAUCCGCACGUCCACCGUGUGGAGAGUGCCAACUGCACUUGCACUCGUGCAGAUUUUGAGUGCGACUACAACUACGAAAUGCAAAACGACGGAAGUUGUGGUCUUGUCCCGGGAUUCCAACCCCCCGACCACAGUCUUUCCUGCAAAAAGGACCCCAACCAGGUCGAGUUCUGGGAACCCACGGGCUACCGCCGCAUCCCUCAAUCUACCUGCGAAGGUGGACUCGAGCUCGACAAGGUUCAGCCCCGUCCAUGCCCAAAUAAGGAAGAAGAAUUCGAGCGCAAACAUGGCAUUAGCGGGAUUGGGCUGUUCUUUGCAAUCAUUAUUCCUAUCGCUGCCGCCUCGGCCUUUGGAUACUUUGUCUAUACCCGCUGGGACGGCAAGUUUGGUCAAAUCCGUCUGGGCGAGACCGGCGGUGGCGGCAAUUUCGGCGGUGGCGCGUCGGGCCUGGGAGGUUUAUUCACGCGGGACUCGUUGCUGGUUGCUAUCCCGGUGACCAUCAUUGCAGGCGCGGUUGCAGCGGCUCAGGCUCUGCCGUUGCUUGCCAUGAGUCUGUGGAGGAGCGUGAGUGGGGUUGUCCGGGCUAGGGGCCGGGGAUACCAGCGACCGUAUGCGACGAGAUCGUCUUUUGCGUCGAGAAGAGGGGAUUAUACGCAUGUCGUCGAUGAUGAGGAUGAGCUGUUGGGAGUGGAUGAUAUUGAAGAUGAUGAAGAGGCGUAG